AUGAGCUUGCUCCAGUCCCCGCAGCCGAAUCGCAACCGGGGGUCGUCCAUUUCCUCGGUGGCGUCCUCCAUGCUUUCCCCCAUCACCAACAUGCUCUCCCUGCCGAAAGUCGAUGAGCACAAUGACCACGACGGGCAUGUCGCGUUGUCAAGCCCCGGAACUGACGAGCGAAAACGCGUCGAGCUCCGGAUAGGAGGUAUGACUUGCGGUGCUUGCGUUGCCGCUAUUGAGGGGCAGAUGAGGGGAAUGGAAGGGAUCCAGAGUGUCCAGGUCUCGCUGCUGGCCGAACGCGCCGUCGUCGAGUACAACCCCGACUUCAUUGACGACAAAGGGAUGCACUGGAACGACGCCAGAAUAGCGGAGGAGAUUGAGGAUAUCGGUUUUGACGCCGAGGUCGUUGAACUGGGUGCUGAGGCUGCUGUGGAUCUCCUUAUUUAUGGACUAUCGAAUCCCUCCCUCGUCCCGGAUGUUGUCCGCGAGGCUGCCUCACUACCUGGCGUGUCCGAUGUCGUGCUGCCGGUUCCCUACGAUCACCUGUCCUUCGUCCACACUCCGACCCUCACCUCUCUGCGCGCCGUUGUCGACCACCUCGCGGAGAAGUUCCCAAACCUCUCGUUCUUGCCCACGUCGAGCGAGAACGACUCCCAGCUCGCGUCGCUUAGGAAGCACCGCGAGAUUGCACGAUGGCGUCGGAUCUUCGUCCUGUCUGCGAUCUUUGCCGUCCCCAACUUCAUCGUCGGCAUGAUGCACAUGUACCUCCCGUUCAUGGGAUGGACGAAGUGGAAGCUCUUCACGGGCAUCUACCUCGGCGACCUCGUGUGUCUCUGUCUGACGAUCCCGGUCCAGCUUUUCUUGGCCAGGAUCUUCUACAUCAACGCCUGGAAGAGCUUGAAGCACGGAUCCGCGACUAUGGACGUCUUGGUCGUCGUCGGCACCUCGGCUACUUUCACAUACUCGGUCCUCUCGAUGUUCUUCGCCAUGUUCUCGUCUGACAAGGACUACCGACCGCAGACGUUCUUCGACACGUCUACCAUGCUGAUCACCUUCGUCGCUCUGGGGCGUUACAUCGAGAAUCUCGCCAAGGGCAAGACAUCGACUGCGCUGACCAACCUGAUGGCCCUGUCGCCUUCGUCCGCGACCAUCUUCACCGACCCCGAGAACUACCACGACGGUGCCGAGACCCGCAAGAUCCCGACCGAGCUCGUGCAGGUGGGCGACGUCGUUCUGGUCGUUCCUGGCGAGAAGAUUGCCGCUGAUGGCGUCGUCGUUUCCGGCACGACGACCGUCGACGAGUCUAUGGUCACAGGCGAGUCCCUGACCGUGCCCAAGACAGUGGAAUCGCAGGUCAUUGGAGGCACCGUGAACGGCCUUGGCACUGUCACUUUCCGCGUCACCCGAGCUGGCUCGGACACGACACUUGCGCAUAUCGUCAAGCUUGUCGAGGACGCGCAAACGGCCAAGCCGCCCAUCCAGCAGUUUGCCGACCGCGUCGCUGGCAUCUUCGUGCCCAUUGUCAUUUCGCUCGCCAUUGUCACGUUCUUCCUUUGGCUCGCGAUCUCCAUCUUCAAGCACAACCUGCCUCCCGCAUUCCAGGCCCCCGGUGCCUCGAAGUUUGGCGUGUGCCUCAAGCUGUGCAUCUCUGUCGUCGUCGUCGCCUGCCCCUGCGCGCUCGGACUCUCGACCCCUACGGCUGUCAUGGUUGGAACGGGCGUUGGCGCCCAGAACGGUAUCCUGAUCAAGGGCGGCCGCGCCCUGGAGACCGCGAGGGACAUCAAGCGCGUCGUCCUGGACAAGACCGGAACUGUGACCCUGGGCAAGAUGACUGCUUCUGAGAUCUGCUGGGCUCCCGCGGGCGUGCCUACGUCCGAGACCGGUCUUACCCCGACGCAGGCCCUCUCGCUGACUACGGCGGCCGCACCCCUCCAGCGCCAUGCUGUGCUUGCACUUAUCGCUCUCGCUGAGAGCCGCUCCGAGCACCCACUCGCCGUCGCCAUCGCGUCCUACGGUCGCGAAACGCUGAACGAGGCCGGUCUGCCGCCGCCAUCAGGUGAUGUCAUCGCCUUCGAGUCUAUUCCCGGUGAGGGCAUCGAGGCCACCGUUAGGCAGCACGGUACCGAGGACAAGGUUCGCGUGGGCAAGAUGUCGUUUAUCCUUGCCGAGAAGGAGGGCGAGAUGAAGGCUACGCUGCCUCAGGCCUUAGAGCGCUUUGAGGAGGCUCAAUCCGCUGCCGCGAACGUUGUCACCUACGUCUCCAUCAUCCGCGGUGGUGUUGCCAUUCCCGUCCUCGCCCUUGCCCUCUCCGACGCGCCGAAGCCAACAUCCGCGCAGGCCAUUCAGGCUCUUCGCGCCAUGGGUCUCCAGGUUACGCUCCUCUCCGGUGACAGCGAGGCUACCACCCGCGCGGUCGCCCGCCAGGUCGGCAUUGACGAUGACGAAGUCUAUGGCGGUGUCUCGCCGAAGGGCAAGGCUACGAUCGUGCGUGACCUUGCCCAGCAAGGAGGCGUGGCCAUGGUCGGAGACGGUAUCAACGACUCUCCCGCCCUGGUCGCCAGUAGUAUGGGCAUAGCCCUUGGCUCGGGAACCAGCAUUGCGAUGGAAGCUGCCGAGGUCGUCCUGAUGCGCGGAGACUUGCUCGACGUUGUGGCUGCUUUGGACCUUGGCCAGGCGAUCUACAACAAGAUCAAGGCGAACCUUCUCUGGGCGUGCUGCUACAACAUCUGUAUGAUCCCGCUCGCGAUGGGUGCACUCCUCCCCUGGGGCUUCCACCUGCACCCCAUGAUGGCCGCGGCUGCCAUGGCCUUUUCGUCCGUCAGCGUCGUGCUCUCCUCGCUGAGCCUGAAGUGGUGGCGCCGGCCUGCGAACUCGGUUCCUGACGGCGAGUUUGUGGAGAAGGGCGGCGCGUCGCGCGGCCUGGAAGAGUUCGCCAUGGCCCGUGACGCGCUCCUCAUGAAUGCGCGCCGCGCAACAUACAACCUUGCGCAGAAGCUGCGCACCGUGCCCGGCGUCGGAAACGUCGUGGAGCGCCUCGGCCUGCACCGGUCGAGCAACCCGGCCAUUGUUGUCGACGACUACGAGGCGAUCCCGCUCACAAGCGGGCGUGACUGA